AUGCUGCUUUCUAUGACAAUUACACCUAAUGAUACCCCUGAGACCGGCCCUUCUCGAGCUUCUCCUUAUAGAGAACCAAUUUCGAAGCUUCAUAUUUUCCGUAGUAUUUUAUAUGAGCUUAAAAAUGUAAGAGGCUUAGGAAGCUCUAUUAGAAUCCGCGUUUCUAUAGGCAACUAUCAUGUAUUUUCAAGAAAAGCUGUCAAAAGAGAAACAACUGACUCAGACACAGGAGAAGCUUUAGAAUAUUUUCAAUGAGGAGACCAUUACAGCGGAGAAAUCGUCGACAAUAUCAAAGAAAUUUUCCCAAUUGAUCCUACACAAGUCCCAGAUGUAGUUUUAGAUCUGUACUCAGAAUAUUAUUUAGCCGGUGAGGCAAGGGUAGGAUAUAUAAGGAAACCUAUUUCAGAAAUGAUGGAAAAUGAUCAUCCCAAAUGAAUUCCAUUUAAGUCAAUUGACACUCAUUCAGAGAUCGGCUCUGAUUCUCCUGGACUAUUACUGGCGUCACUAGCUUAUUUUCCAGAUGAAGAAAUGAAAAACAGAACUCAAAUAAGCAAGCCAAGAAAAGCUGAUAAAUGGCUUUGCUGGAAUAUUUAUGGAGGAUUUGAUAUAGCACCCAGCUUAUCUGAUGAAGAAAUCAAUUUGCAACUGAAAGUUUACUGUGGUGACAUCGUUUUGAGUUUACCUGAACAUAUUGCUAAAGAAAAUAUAGGAACAAAAUAUCCAAUUUGAAAAUGGUCUGGUGUGAAGCAGAUACAACUGCAUGAAGAUUUGCAUUUUGAGCAAAAUUUGCGCGUGGAGCUUCAUAAUAAAAUCAAAGCUCUUAAAUUAUAUUGAACUACUCUAGAAAUCGGCCAAUUUUCAGUCCCUCUUCAUAGAUGUGAUAACUUAUGAAGCCAGCCUCAUUUUUUUCAUGUUAUUAAUGCUUCAGAAAUAGGGGCAAGCCAAGGGAGGCUACUUGCUGAUUUUUAUAUAAGCAAAACAUAUAUGGAACCAGAAAAUAACCCUUGUGUGAGAAACAAUGAGUCUAUUUUGUGCAAUAUUGAUUUUGCUUUGAUAGGGAUUAGGAAUUUGGUCCCACAUUAUGAAAACCCAAGCAUUGUUAUAUCAAUUCCUGGAUAUAAGAUGGGGAAUGGAGAAAAAGCUGAAAUUCAGAUCGGACAUAUGAAAAAUAGUGACAAAGGAAACCCGAACUUCUUAAGCAUUUUGCAUUUUCCUAAUAUUGAACUACCAGUAGAGCCCAUUUAUUUGCCAGCAAUUUAUGUAAAAAUAAAAGAUAAUGCGUUUUUAUCAUGAAAUGAAUGCUAUACCUACAUCCCACUGAUUCCAUACGCCCAGUGAAUCAAAGACGAAGUGAAAAAGCAAGAGGCUCAAGAUUUAUAUACAAGGAAUUUCACAACAAAAGAUCUUAUUGAGCAAGCUCCUUUAAGAUCAUUGACCUUAAAGAAAAUUAGGAGGACUGAGCAGUUUUCUUUUACUGAUUAUGGAGAAACCUCAGAGCCUUCAGUUAUACAUGACGAAACCAACAAGCCCAAGGCAUCAAUGGAUAUGAUUUCUGAUAUUUAUGAGCCCAAAAAUUCAAAAGUCUUGCAGAAAAUUCAGUUCGAUAAAUUAGAAGAAGACGAAGAAGCUGAAUUAGAGCAAAGGGAAAAUGAAAUUUCUGAAAUCGAAGCUGAGCUGGUAGACUUAAGGGCAAGGGCAAAGAGUGCUGAGUGGAAAAAAGGUAAUGUUGAUGAAAAGCUGAAGAAAGAAAUCAGGUAUCUUGAAAAAACACUGGAAACUCUGAAUGAAGGAGCAAUGACUGAAUUUAAAUUCUUAAAAAUAGAUGAAAAAAUUGGAGAAGACGAUUUCCAAUAUAACAGGCCUGUUUAUAAAGGUGGAUUGUAUGAAGAGUCAUUAGAUCUACCUUACCAAAGAUAUUUGCUGUUCACGAAAACCAAAAACACUGAGAAGCUAUCUGCUUAUAAAGUUGGUGAGCCUAAUGGAGCAGUUUUAAAAGCUUGCAUAAGAAUAAAGCCUUGUGAAAAAUCAAAAAAAGAAGAAUUUUUUGAAGUCGAAGAAAUGAGGUGGGGGUUUGACUUUUUCCAUCCAAUAUUUCAAGGGUCUGGGUAUUUAAUGAAGGUUUUUGAAUAUUCAUCAUUUGCAGUCCGAUUGUAUUUAUUGAGAGGGCUUUCUUUGAGUGCUGUGUCAAAUGCUCCAGAUUGGACUGCUUUUGCUGGAGGUCUUGAAGCCUUGUCAAGUGCUGAUAGUUAUCCAGAAAUUUUGACUGGAGAAGAUAAAAAUCAAGCUAUGAAAUAUAUAUGCGACAACAGACCAGAAACUCAAACUUUAAAUCCUGAAUUUUUCAGAACUUAUGAACUUAAAGCUGAUUUCCCUUCUGACUGAAAAUUAGAAAUAAAUAUAUGAAAUCUAACAGAAUACAGAUUUGAUAGUUUGAUUGGAACCACAGCUAUUGAUUUAGAAGACAGAUACUAUGGCGAAAAGAAAAAUCAGGAUAAGUUGAUGGUUAAAAUUGUGAAAGAGUUUAUUGAUAUGGAAAUAAACAACACUCAAGACCCUAAGUAUCGUGACUGGCUAUCAAAUGCAAAAAAGUUAGCAAAAAAGUAUGAAGCCAAUCUAGAAAAUAAUAAAGCUGUAGUACCAGUUGAGUACAGGACACUGCACCACAAAGGAAAAAGCACAGCUCAAGGCAUGCUUGAGUUAUUUCUAGAGCUAUAUGAGAGCUCAGAAGCAAAGCUAGUUCCUCUCGCCAAUAUUUCCAAGCCCUGCCCUGAAGAAUAUGAGUUAAGGCUGAUCUUAUGGAAAUGUGAAGGAAUUCCUAAAGAAAAUGAUACUAUCGAUAUUUAUUUUCGAGCCCAUUUCGAUCCUACUGGGUGGCUUGAAGAGGCAACCACAAAAGAAACUGACUGUCACGUCGGCUCAGAAGACGGAAAAGGCGUGUUUAACUGAAGGAUGAAAUUCCAUUUUCAGCUCCCUUGCAGCUUUGCAAGACUGAGGCUUGUUGCUUAUGAAUUUAAUACGUUUGGUGAUGAUCGAGUGAUUAGUGAAGUAGUACUAGACCUUACACAAUACUUUAAAAGAGUAAUAAAAGAAGGGAAACUGAAGCUGGAAGAAGAAUGGGUUGAACUGCAUUUACCGAAUCUACCAGGGACGAAUGGAGGAAAAGCUUCAAUAUCUUUUGACAUCUUAAGCUUAGCAGAAGCUAAUCAAAGACCUGUGGGGGAGGGACAAAAUGAGCCGAAUAGAGAUCCUGAGCUUGACCGUCCAGAAGUAGGACGAGGGGUUUCUGAUUACAUUAAAGGGACUGCAAUAGAUGUGUUUUCUUGGCCACUUCUUAAUAUGUCAAUUUUCAAGAAAAUACUUUCAGGAAUUUCAAUUGGAGGGAUGCUGAUUGUGAUGUUUAUUUACCCAGGAUAUCUUACUGGAGGAAGAUAA